UGUUAUGCUGCCUAUGUUCAAAACAAAAAAAUGCAAUGUGCGAAUGCAUGUUGGGUAUCAUCUGCUCAAGUGCCACUGAUUAGAGCAUCAAAAUGGGAGGCUAACGAGCUUUCAAUUGCUCAAACCAGAACAAAGCAACCUCUGGGGAAUCCUCCUAAUGGUUACUGUGAUGAUGGUGAUGAUGAUGAUAGUGGUGGUUCGAGUUCGAGUUCGAGUUGGGUUGUGGGAUUUCCUUUGGCUGGUGACGUGAAAUUCAUCAGUAGCACUUCCAAUCCAUUCGUGAAGCACUGCCUCAAGCUUCGCCUCAGCUCUUCUUACCGCCACUCUCAUGCUUCCGCUCUCGUUGUUGGCUCUACCCCUAUUAGGGAAAUAUACAGGUUUCAGGAAUCAAAGCAAGAACGACCUGCUACAAUCGAUUGUUUACUUGUACUUGAUAAAGCCAAGAUUCCUGAUGGUUUAGAUGAUCGCCGUAUUCGUAUUGUUCGUGUUAGCUCAAUGGUUAUGAAGAAGCUUUCCGGAUUGCAGUCAACUGAAUCUGUUGAAGCAAUUGCCCUUUUGAAAAUUCCUUCAACAUUCCAUAAUUUAGAUGAUAACUGGCAAGAGGCUGACUGUCAUGGAUGGUUUCCAUCGCCACAUCGAAUUCUAGUACUUGAUGGGAUCCAGGACCCUGGUAAUGUUGGCACGCUACUUAGGUCAGCGUUGGCCUUUAAAUGGGGUGGUGCAUUUCUGCUUCCUGGUUGUUGUGAUCCAUUCAAUGAGAAAGCACUUCGAGCCAGCCGAGGAGCCUCCUUUCAGCUUCCUAUAGUUUCUGGAACUUGGACUCAUCUAGAAGCUCUCAGAAAUAAAUUCCAUCUGAAGAUUUUGGCUGGUCAUCCUGAGAGUAAUGAACAAUCGAAGCCAGUGUCUAGGCUUUCUCAAGGGCUUGCAGAUUCUUUAGCAAAUUUGCCACUGUGCUUGGUCCUGGGUGGCGAAGGGAGUGGCCUUUCAGCAAAAACUAGGCAGGUAUGUGAGCUUGUAAGCAUUCCAAUGGUAGGACAAUUUGAGUCUCUUAAUGUUUCUGUUGCUGGUGGAAUUUUCUUGUAUAUGCUGCAGCCUGAGAACCAUAGAUUUGCCUGCAUCUUUCCAUGAACUGUCAUGCCAGUUUUAGUUCUAAUUCUCUUGCUUCUGGAACCAACCGUUAGUGUAGAUUGAGAGAGGUAGAACAUAACUGAGUUUUUGUUGCCAGUACAAGGGUCUGCGUGUGUGCACACACAAACACCCCUCUAACGUCAAGUAUUUUAGUAAUUGUAUUGUUGCUGAUAUGAGAUGAUGCUGAGAACUUCUGUGAAAAGAAGUUGCAUUUGAAAGCUA